GCGCUUUAUUGUGUCGCAAAUUCGGGCGGUCCAAUCACAUUCGCGGAUUUACCGCCAUUCUACGCUUUUUUGUGGUUUUUGUACUGUUCCAUUUCCCGCGUAGAAAGAAACCUUUGUUUUGUAAUUUUGGGAAACUUAUAAACGGUUCGUUUCUUUCAACGGUACGGGAAAUUGCUUGCUGAUACAAAGGGAAUUUGAUGAUGGAUACGUACUUUGCUAGAAUGCCAUUCAGUUGCUUCAAGUACCAAGGUUUCAGUGCUUCGAAGCGCUAUUCUACGGUUGCAGCUAAGCAUUCGACUGCGUUCUUUGACUCAUCGUACAAUCAUAUCCGUCAAAACUCUCAGCUACAGACUGUUGAGAAAGUUGCCGCCCAAGGUGCUAAACGGUUAGGUAACCCCCAUCCUGCUAAUGCUGGCUCUGUUCAUUAUCUCCAGGUUGACACCGAUGAGAACAACAACAACAGCUUCAAUAAUGAGUCAAACGUCAAUGCCAGUGCUAAUGCUACUGGUAAUUUUGUGUUGAAAGGUCCUGUCAAUGUUGGUUUGGACAAGGGCGGUAAGAAGCACAAUGGUCGUUUGAAACAGACAAAUUUGAACAGAUCCUUGCAAUCACAGAUUCAGAUGGCACCAGUGACGAACAUGCUCGUUUCAAGAUUACAGACCAAGAGAUUGUUGUACACUGAUCACGAAAAUAGGGCCGUUGCCGCUGAGAUGAAACCAUCCGAUGAGGUGGCUGCUCAAGAACCGACUCCCGAACCUUCAGUGCAUUCAGAUGCUAAAUAUUUCUCUCCCGGGGAGAUUGAAUACGUUGAGUUGACUGAUGACACAUUUGUCCAACACCACACCCAAGAGAUCCAAAGGGCUUAUAGAAUGUGUGACUAUAACAGAAUUAACGCUCUGUACAAUGCAAUGAAGAGAAACGGUCUAGUGCCUUCUAGAGAUGUCUACGAUAUGGUUUUAUCAUCGAUUGCAAUGAGAGACAUUGACCAUUCAGUUGAUGAUCAGAUGUCCAUGAUGUUGAAUGUUUACUCCGAUCUCAUUACAAAUAAGAUCAAACCAGAUCUGCACAUUUACUCGACGGUUAUUUACCAACUGUUGGACAAGUCUAUCAAGUGUUACAUCGACAAGGAUUUGUCGAACAACGGUUGUGAUUUCUUCAAAAUUGCUAUCGAUAUCUUCAACGCUUCAAACUGCUCUCAUAUUCAACAGUUUGAUGGCGACAUCACCGAUAUGAUUCUUGUUGGAAUGAACUUGUACCCUGGAUUGGUAAACAACACCCAACUCAUCAAGAUCUUGGAAAAACAACCAAAUUUCGUCAAGAAUGACAUUUACUACUCCGCAAUGAUUAACUGUUGCAAAUUCACAAACGAUUCAGAAUUGGCCAUUCAACUUUACGAAGAAUUCAAGCAGAAAUCUCUUGAAAUUCCAAGCUUAAAGGAGAACCAGUUCGUUAUUUAUUCUGCAUUCAUUUCAACCUUGGUUGCCACUAAUGAAAUUGCAUUGGCAACCAAAUUCUUAGAUAAGCUCUUGACUUCAAUCAAGAACUAUGAGGAUUACGAAACGAAGAUCACAAUGCUACUUUCUUCUUACCUGCUGCAUUUGUCCAAGACGAACUUAGAAAAAUCUUUGGAAAUUUGGGCCCAAUUCAACAGAAUUGAUUGGAUCCCAGAGUUUUCUUAUGAAUUUUACACCAAUUUGUUACAAGAUUCCUUGAACUCAACUUCUUAUGAUAUCAGUGUCAAACUUUACAAUUACAUGUCUGCAUUGCCAAGAUCAACCGUGGGGAAAGAUCUGUCUCUAGAUACCAUGUUGACCACACCAAGAAGAGUUGAGAAUGCAAUCUCUCAAUUCAUGUUGACUGCUUUACAGCAUAAUGAUAAAGCUACAGUUCUUAAAGUGUUGAGAGAGUCUUUUAUCAGAAAGACAACCUUUGAUCAUCAAGUGUAUGCUCCAUUAUUUCAUUUCAUUCAAUCUGAUGAGUUGAUUAUCAAGAUUAUUAACUCACACGGAUUGCAAAUUAAGGAUGGGUUCAAAUUUUUGAAUUAUCUUACAUGUCAUGUACCAAACUUACCAUUGUAUGGCAUUUCUGGUACCGAGUUCUUUAAGAGACUUGUGGAUGAGUUUUCACUUGAAGAGCCAAAUGACUUUUCGGGAUUCUUCCAAGUUUGGAAAUCUGUAUUUGAUGACGUUCACACAACUCCUUCUAACGAACUGUUGGAGAUUUGUGCACCACUCAUCGUGGAAUUUUAUGAUUUGAAGAAUUAUUAUGCCGAGUUACUUUCAAAGGACGUUUUGGACUUUAAGAUGACUCUCACUGCAUAUUUUAUAGAUCACUAUAAACCUGUUGAAGGCGCUUCUAACGUUAUGCAACAGGCUACUGCAUUGCUUCAAGAUAUGAAGCUCAUGAACUAAAGAGGAAGCGGAAGAAGAAGAAGGAGAUGAUACGAUUAUAUUAUUUAUACAGACACCGU